AUGGCUGCUUUCACCGUCGUCCCAGGCCGCCUCACUGCAAAGUCUCCAGGCGUUAGCGUGCCACAUCAGGUGGCUUUUUUUGACGCCCCGACCUCUGGAGCCUCUGCAUCCCCAGCAUCGACCCGGUUCCUGCAGCUGGGUGCCAGCUCCGUGGCUUUGGCCGCGCUCUCGGGGCGAAGCCGGAGCCGGCACAGCCGCGCGGCGCGACGGGCACAGCCCGCUAGCUUGGAGGAGAAGAGGUUCCCCGUGCUGUCGCGCCGCGAUGCGCCCGUGGGCACCUUCCCCAAGAUGCCGGAGUCAGUCCAUCCCGGGGUGGUUUCUGGGAAGGCCCUGGUGGAUUUGCUGAACCACGCCAAAGAGAACGGCUAUGCCAUUCCAGCGGUCAACUGCGUUAGCAGCUCCUCCAUCAACGCUUGCAUUGAGGCUGCGCGCAAGAUGGAUGCCCCCAUCAUGAUCCAAUUCUCCGCUGGCGGAGCCCAAUUCUAUGCUGGGAAGGGCUUGGACACCUGGCGUCCGCAGGACAACACCGAGUUCCACGCUGCCAUCGCCGGCGCGGUGGCUGGAGCAUACCACGCGCGCGCCGUGGCGGAACAGUAUGGUGUUCCAGUGAUUCUGCACACGGAUCACUGUGCGAAGAAUCUUUUGCCGUGGUUCGAUGGGCUCUUGGAGGCGGAUGAGCGUUUCUGGGCGGUGAGGUUCAUCUAUGUCUACAAUUCAAAGGUGAGCCGCGACCAUGAGGGUUACUUCGAGCGUCACGGGGAGCCUCUUUUCUCUUCUCAUAUGCUGGACCUGUCUGAGGAGCCUUUGGAAGAGAAUGUUGAGAUUUGCGUGAAGUACUUGGAGCGCAUGGCCAAGAUCAACUGCGGCCUUGAGAUGGAGUUGGGAAUCACAGGUGGAGAAGAGGACGGGGUCAACAACGAAGACGCCAAUCCUGAGGACCUCUACUCCAAACCCGAGGAAAUCUACCAGGUCUACGAUGCCUUGAGCAAAGUGCCCAACGGUUUCUUCACCAUCGCUGCCGCCUUCGGCAACGUGCACGGCGUCUAUCAGCCGGGCAACGUGAAGUUGGAGCCCACCAUCCUGGACAAGGCCCAAAAGUUCAUCUCGGAGAAGAUUGGAGAACCAGAGGGUUCAAAGCCCGUGAGCUUUGUGUUUCACGGUGGCAGCGGAUCAGACAUCAAGGACAUCCGUGAGGCUGUGGACUAUGGCGUCAUCAAGAUGAACAUCGACACGGACACGCAAUGGUCCUACUGGAACGGUAUCCGAGACUUUGAGGCCAAGUACCGCGACUACCUGCAGACGCAGAUUGGCAACCCGGAUGGCAAGGACAAGCCCAACAAGAAGUACUACGACCCCCGGGCCUGCAUCCGCUCCGCGGAGGAUUCCACAGUGAAACGCAUGGAGCAGUGCUUCGAGGAUCUCCGAUGUGUGAACGUUCUGGGGCUGGGACCUCCUGAUACGCCCAAGAACGUCAUGGGCCCACGCCGCGGCGGACUUCCAUCCUAG